AUGGCCGCUGUCGCCCUGAGGAGGACGAGGAGAGCCCAGCAAGCAAAACUGCGGCCGAGGCCAGCCAUCCAGGUCCCCGGAGGGCUGGCGCUGCCGCUGGUCCUGGCGCUUCUGCUUGCGUCCGCCACCACGUCCAGUGCUCUAUCACAGACUGAUUCGCUGAGCCAGACUGUACUCAAGACACAUGUUUCUACUCCAAAUACGAAUGCUUUAACAAAUGAAAACCAAACCAAACCUUCUAUUUCCCAAAUCAGCACCACUCUCCCUCCCACAACUAGUACAGAAAAAAGUGGAGUGGCAUCUCUGUCCCCUCAUCCCUCGCCUACUACUUCUCUGUCCCAAGAGGAAGCUGAUAACAAUGAAGAUCCUAGCAUAGAGGAGGAGGAUCUUCUCACACUGAAUAGUUCUCCGUCCACUGCCAAAGACACUCUGGACAAUGGAGAUUAUGGAGAACCAGACUACGACUGGACCACCAGCCCCCAGGACAAUGAGUCCAAUGAGGCCUUGGAAGAAAACAGGAGCUAUAUGGAAAUUGAACAGUCAGUGAGACCUUUUAAGACCCCACCCUCAAAUAUAGAAGAAGAAGAUAGCCAUUUCUUUUUCCAUCUUAUUAUUUCUUCUUUUUGUAUUGCUGUUGUUUAUAUUACAUAUCACAACAAAAGGAAGAUUUUCCUUCUGGUUCAAAGCAUGAAAUGGCGUGAUGGUCUUUGUUCCAAAACAGUGGAAUAUCAUCGUCUAGACCAGAAUGUUAAUGAGGCAAUGCCUUCUCUGAAGAUUACCAAUGAUUAUAUAUUUUAAAGCACUGUGAUUUGCGUUUGCUUAUUACGUAAUUUUAUUUGCUUGA